GUUAGGCUGAGAACUCCAAAGCGGAUGGACUCUGGACAGCUGAAAGCACCGCCAAAGAUGGUUGCUUAAAUAAAGCAAAACCUCAGGGUCAUUGAGCCGAAAGUUGCAGAGAUACCAGAAUUACAAAAGAGCACAGUCCAUAUUCGGGAGCCGGAGCACGUCAGAAAAAUCAUCUGCUCCCUCCGUGAUGGGGGAGCUGCUAAACUACAGAUCGUUACAGAUUUUGAUAUGACCUUAACUCGAUUCACCCACAAUGGCAAAAGGAGCCCGACAUGUCACACUAUUAUUGACAACAACAAGUUGAUCAGUGAAGAAUGCAGUAAGAAGCUAAAGGACUUGGUCAACAUCUACUAUCCCGUUGAGAUUGACCCCACCCGCAGCAUCGAGGAGAAGCUUCCAUUGAUGAUUGAGUGGUGGACAAAAACCCAUGACCUGCUGGUGCAACAGAAGAUCCAAAAGAAUAAACUGGCGGAAAUCGUGAGGGAGUCGGAUGCAGUGCUGAGGGAGGGGUACAAGAUUUUCUUUGAUAAACUUCACAAGAACAAAAUUCCCGUCUUCAUAUUCUCAGCUGGUGUAGGAGACGUUCUGGAGGAAAUAAUUCGACAGGUGGAUGUCUAUUACCAGAAUGUCACAGUGGUGUCUAACUUCAUGGACUUUGAUGAGAAUGGGUUCCUGAAAGGCUUUAAAGGUGAACUGAUCCACAUUUACAACAAAGGGGAAGGGGUUCUGCAGAACACUGAUUACUUCCAGCAACUGACCGAGUACAGCAAUGUCAUUCUCCUUGGAGAUUCUCUCGGGGACCUCAGGAUGUCUGAAGGAGUCCAGAAGCUGGAGAACAUCCUGAAGAUUGGAUUCCUGAAUUACCAGGUCGAUCAGCUCCUGGACAAGUACUUGGCCUCCUUUGACAUUGUCCUUGUGAAUGACGAGACUUUAGAGGUGGUGAAUGCAAUUCUACAGCACAUUCUGCAACCCACCCCAUCCUCACAGCCUGGUGGGGAGAGUUAGAGACAUCCAGGUGACAGAGUUAACUGCAUACCCAGUGCUGGGGCAGGCUUGGAGAAAAUUCCAGCAGUUUUAUUCGAUGCAUGAUAAAGCUGCUCCUCUCUAAGCAGACCUCGUAUAAGUGGAGCACCAGUGUUGUAUUUUGAAAUGAAUGGUGAUUGCAGAGUUGUGUGUCUUCAAUCAGUGUUCUGCCUAUUGGCAUGGGUGAAGUGUGUGUAU